AUGCGUCGGCUCCCUGUCCUUCUCAUAGAUUCCUGCCUGCACCCAUUCCUGCACCGAUGGAUGCUCAAACAGCCGCUCGACGUAUUCGCCGGCCGGCCCGGGGAACGUGAUGCCAUAGGUCUUGAACCUACAAGCCACGGGCGCGUAGAAGGCAUCCACCGCCGUGAACUCAGCACCAGCGAGCCACGGGCCGCCGAACCUGGUGAGCCCCUCGGUGAAGAGAGUCUCGAGCCGCGCCAGAUCGCGUUUCAGCCCGUCGCUGUGCUCCGUCAGCUCGAUGCGCAGGCCUACGUUCAUGCCGCACUCGCCCCGGAGGGCCUCGAAGGACGAGUGCAUCUCCGAGGCGGCGCAGCGAGCGAACGCCCGGGCCGUCGGGUCGCUGGGCCAGACUCCCGCGUGCUUCUCGGCGAUGUACUCGACGAUGGCCAGGGAGUCCCAGACGUAGAACUUGUCGUGGGCCGAGUCGUGGAGGCACGGGACCUUGCCGGAGGGCGAGAAGGCGAGGAAGUCGGGCUGGCGGUAGCCCGGCUUGAACAUGAAGAGGGCUUCUUCGAAUGGAAUGUUGAGCGCCUUGAAGACGAGCCACGGUCGCAUCGACCACGACGAGUAGCGCUUGUUGGCGAUGUGGAGCUUUCAUGGCUACAUCUUAUACUUCUACAAUACGCCCUGCGUGUAUUCCAAAACUUCACGUUCCACAGCAUUCACUGCUUCACCGAUUCCGGCUUCAUCAUGUUUGUCACCAAGGGCGUCGAUGACUCAAGCGGGGCAGCUGAACUCAUGAGUUGGAGCCAGCAGCCGCGCCGUCUUAACCACAUUCUUAAUCUGCCGCCCAUUAAACUCGUGUUCCGCAAGCGCAUCCAACUCCUCCUCGGCGACGUCGAUCCUGUCCGACCCGGCAGGCAGGAACGUCCGCCAGAUGUGCCGUCGGCUCGCCGCGUCGAGUGCAGGGUAGUGCAGGUACUCGAGCAGGCGGAGGAAGACGGAGACGAGCUGGUUGCGGUGGAGGUCCGACUGGGUGCGGUUCUCGAGGAAGACGUCGCACUCGUCGAUGAGAAGGACCGCCCUCCACCUCUGCGACAGCUCGAGGACGCGGUUGAGGUUGCGCUCGACGGACUCGGCUGUGAGGCCUAG